UGUUUACAUCCCGUCCCGUGUGCGGAAUGCCAGUUCAAACGAUCGCGCUCGCGAAUUUUGUGUUUUGAUUCUAAGGGAGUUCUGUGUUGCGACGGCAAGAAAGGUUUCGAAUUAGAAGGAAUACAAACACAGUGUUGUAAAAGUGAAUCGAAGGGGAACCGGAUUGCGUAUGUAGAAGUGCGCGUGUAAGCAAAGAAUACGGUGGCCAGCAAGAAUGAAAUUCGCGAUUAUUAUUGCGAAUUUAUAGAAUCGCUCUUUGGAUGUGUGCGUUUGUGAAUUUAUAUUUUUUAUUCGAUUCGCGAAUUUUCGCUUCCUGCUUAUUCCGACCGAUUCUCUUGUGAAUGCAGAAAAGGCGCGAGUGUAUCGCGAUUCGGAAAUUGUGCUGAAAUUUCCGGCUCAUAGAGCAAGUUGUGUGCUAUAUUUCUAGUUCCUCGUGACUGCUGCCGUGACUCCAGAGUGUGAUGGAGGCGCCACCUUAUGUCCCCUUGCAAUCGUGUUAGUGGUUUGUGCAUGUGCAGCGAACCGGUCACGACAAUGGCCCGAAUGUGCUACAGCUGCUAUCAUCGCUGCAAAGCAAUGAAGCCGAGGGACAUCGAGUUGCGUUUUUAACACCACCCCCACAUCCCGGAAAAGUCGCCCCCUCUCUCCCUGGAGCCCAUCAAUCCUUGUGCCCCGUCGUAGUCAUUGGUGUAAAAUUUCUCAAGUUAUUUUCGGUGUAUGUGCAGGCAGCGCUCGGUGCACUUGUGCUGCUUUUCUCGACCUUGAACUAUAUACUGCAGUCGUAUAACUGGCCUCGUUUUGCUGUUGCUGCUGCUGCAUCUCUUCCUGUUGCAUCCCGGGAACGGCACUCGUUCUCCUGUGCGCAUAUUUCGGGAUCGACCAGCCUGGUGUCGUGUGAACGUGUGUGAGUGACCGUGUAAACCCGAUGACCGACAAUCUGGGUGUUUUUUGGAGUGCAUUCCCAUUGGUUCCGACGAGGGCCAGCGGUGCCAUUGUUGCCUGAGAAUCUCGUUGUCGCCAUUCAGUCAAGUGCUACCUGAUGGAAACGGGCUAACUACGAAGUGUCUCGCGUGCGUACUCGAAUCGUUAGUACAAAGUUCCAAAGUGUUCAACCCCGAAUCCGUAGCAAAGUUUUAUGGAAAAUCUCCCCCCAAACAUCUUAACGUAGUAAAGUGUUCAAAUCGAAGCAGAGAAGAGCUCAUAGAAUUAUUUACUGUGUAUAAGUAAUCGAGAAGAUAAGCAAAAGAAGAAGAAUACGAAGAAGAGUUAGUGUGCUUGUCUAGUGUAAAAAAAAAGCCCAACCAAUCAUGCACGAAGAAGCCUCAUCGACGGCCAGUUCUUCCACCAAACCGACCAACAUCAUCUACGCAAACAUCAAUGGCGGGGGUGGCGGCAGUGUCAUAUCCGGCGGGGGUGGUGCAACUCAUCUCAACGGAAAUCUCCUGAUAACAACCUCACCAAUCGUGCAGGACGCCUACGAUCUGGUUCACGGUCAUCAUCUCCACCACCAGCAGCAGCCACCAUUUCACCAUCAGCAACAGCAGCAGCAGCAGCCCCAUCAACAGGUCAUGACAACCUCUCAGCCGCUCCAUUCAACCAAAAUCAUCAUCACCAACCAACCGCUAAUUAGCACCACGACUACCGAAACUAGUCCAGCCGGAGUUCGCACCCUUCAGCAUCACAUACCGCAGCAGCUCCAACAUCAACAUCACCACGUUCAGUCCUCCUCCUCGUCCUGCACCUCGACCUCCAUCCCUUCCUCAUCCGGAACAUCCACCACCACCACAACCAUCCUCAUCAACACGGACACGGACAUUUGCUCCCCCUUCGACACCGUAGCUGCUGCGGCUGCAUCCCUGUUCGAAUCGGAACCCGGUGGACCGUCGGUCACCGAUGCCCUGACAGCGGACACGGCCGUCGCGGCGGCAGCCGCAGCCCUCAUCGACCUUCACCCGUCGUCUUCGUGCAGUUCCUCCGCUGCCUCGGCGGCAGCUGGCGACGGGACCUUCCACAUCCAGGAACUCGGAAUAGCAUCCACGUCGUCGGCGGCGACUUCUCUGGCAGGAACAGCAGCAGCAGUAGCGGUAACGACAGCGGCAUCAUCAUCGUCGACGUCGUCGUCCUCAUCAUCGGCGGCGGCAGCUGAGCCGGGAGCAGGAGGAGUGGCGGUGCAUGAGCCCAUCGAAAUUAAGAUUCCAUCGGAGGGGUCCUUUGCCGAGGGAUCCGAUGGUGGCUACCACGACAACAUCUCCCAAACGCAGUCGAACUAUCUCGCGAUCCCCCCGUCAGAACUGUGCCCGGUGUGCGGUGACAAAGUUUCAGGCUACCACUACGGACUGCUGACGUGCGAAUCGUGCAAGGGCUUCUUCAAGCGUACCGUCCAGAACAAGAAGGUCUACACCUGCGUCGCCGAGCGGCAGUGCCACAUCGACAAGACCCAGCGCAAGCGCUGCCCGUACUGUCGCUUCCAGAAGUGUCUCGAGGUCGGCAUGAAGCUAGAAGCUGUUCGAGCCGAUCGGAUGCGGGGCGGAAGGAACAAGUUCGGGCCCAUGUACAAACGCGAUCGGGCGCGAAAGCUUCAAAUCAUGCGACAGCGACAGUUGGCCCUCCAAGCGCUGCGGGGGUCGAUCGGUGGCGGCGUCGGCAUCGGGCAGCUCGGGUCGGACGGUGCCUCGGCGCAGCUGCAGGGCAUCGAAUACCACCAGCCGUACUCCAACAUGCACAUCAAGCAGGAAAUCCAAAUACCCCAGGUGUCCUCGUUGACGUCCUCGCCCGAUAGCUCACCUAGUCCGAUCGCCAUCGCGUUAGGUCAAGUGAACCCGCAGACGACGAUAUCGCUGAGUAGUGGCGUAGGAGGAAACGGCAGCAGUGGUGGUGGAAGUGGCGGAGGUGGUGGCAGCAACAGCUCCGGUGCGGGCACUGGAGGUUCCAACUCGACGUCCACGGCUAUCCAGAACCAGCUUUCAGAGUCCAAACUUUGGAUGAGCGCCAACUCGACGACCGCCUCGCCACAUUCGCUAAGUCCCAAAGCGUUCAGCUUCGACAGUGGAACGAACCCCACCAGUACGGCCGACUCGGGCAACCCAGCGGACACGUUAAGGGUAUCGCCGAUGAUACGCGACUUCGUACAAUCGAUCGACGACCGGGAGUGGCAGACGUCGCUGUUCUCGCUGCUGCAGAGCCAGUCCUACAAUCAGUGUGAAGUGGAUCUCUUUGAGCUGAUGUGCAAAGUAUUAGACCAAAAUCUGUUCUCCCAGGUGGACUGGGCGCGGAAUACGAUAUUCUUUAAGGAUUUGAAGGUGGACGACCAGAUGAAACUACUUCAGAACAGCUGGUCCGACAUGCUAGUGCUAGAUCACAUCCACCAGCGGUUACACAACGGACUGCCGGACGAAACCACCCUGCACAAUGGGCAGAAGUUUGAUCUCUUAGGUUUAGGACUGCUGGGCGUGCCGAGCCUGGCCGAGCACUUUAACGAGCUGCAAAACAAGCUCCAGGAGCUGAAAUUCGACGUCGGCGACUACAUCUGCAUGAAAUUCCUGCUGCUGUUGAACCCUGUGGAAGUCCGGGGGAUCACGAAUCGGAAAACGGUGGUCGAAGGCUAUGAGAACGUGCAAGCAGCGCUGCUGGAUUACACCCUCACCUGUUAUCCGUCGGUGCCUGAUAAGUUUAGUAAGUUGCUCAGUAUUAUUCCGGAAAUCCACGCGAUGGCCACCCGUGGCGAGGAGCACCUGUACAUUAAGCACUGUGCCGGCAGUGCGCCUUCCCAGACGCUACUGAUGGAGAUGCUGCACGCCAAGCGGAAAUGAAGUCAUCGCCGUCAACAUCGUCGCCAGAGGGUGUAGAAACAAACGAAAAAAAAACCGUUGUGCGUAGGAGGGGAGGAUAGCAACAAACAAACAUAUAUGUGAUCGCCGCCAUAUGCGUGGCAGGGGGGUGGGGGUUUUUAAUGUUUUAAGACACGCGAAGACACCAACCAACCAACCAACAACGGGAGCAGUUAGCAGCAGAGGGAUGAUGAACACCACGUGUUGUGUUUGUGUGGCGGUGGCGGAGCAGCGGCGUGGCAGCAGAAAUGUGUUCUCUUCUUCGUUUCUUCAGAUUAUUAAUGUGUACUUUAGUUGCAUCGAGCCGGAGCGAAGCGCGAUUGUUCUUUGCCUAAGUUGUUAAACUACUUUGUAAUAAUUUAACACGUUAAACCGUGCGUCCAUUUUGAGCGAAAGGUGUGAAUAGUCCCCGACCUGGAGCGCAAAAGCCAGAAAAUUCCGUACCAUAAUUCGUUACAUGAAACGGAGCAGCCAGCAGCCUUACAGCCAACGAGUCUGUAUGCGAUUCAACCACUUUUUAAAAAGUACACUACCAUUACCGCACAGUUGCCGAGGAUAGCAAAGGAGAUAAGAACUAAUUCACAAUGACGUUACCAUUUCAUCUCAGCGAUUACAAUUUUAAUUCCUUAAACAUUACAACAAUUGUGAAACCAGCAAGCCGUGUGUAAUAGUCGCAGCAAUCGUAUGCAAACCAGAAAAAACAACACUCGUAACCAUAGUAAUGUAGUCGACAGUCCUUGAAACACAGUAAAAAACACAUUUUUUGAAGAUAAUCCACCCGAUGAAUCUAAGCAAAAACAUCACAAAUAGAAGUUCGCAGAACUACGGAACGGUCAUACUGAAGCCACGAGUCGGAUCGUAACUCUCGCGUGAUCCAUGUCGAACAUGUUUAAAAACCUUAACAGAAAAUCAAAUAGAUUGUAUAUCGGUGAACAAAGCAAAUUCCAAACCGCAAACAAAAACGUAAAACAAAGGAUCUAAAACUAAGUGUUCAAUAAAUGUUAAAUCAAGCUGUUAACGAAUUCUCCUUAAAUAACACAAAACAAGAGCAAAAUAAACCACUCUUUUUUCCUCGUGUAAGAAUCAUUUAAUUUUAUUUUCGUUAUUUUUUUCGGAACGUUAGUGCAAUAUUUAAGGCAAACAUCAAUCAACCACAACCAACCGCAACGGUCCAUGUCAUCUCAUGCCGGAGAAACAUCUCACCACACCGUACCCAAAGAACAAACAAAAAGGAGAAAAAUCCUAGCAAGUUUUGCACCCUUUGAUGCACACACCCUUUUUCAUCAAUUAUCGUUCCUCUUUGUCCUACUAGGUACUAGAAGCUCAUCUCCACCGGCAACGACAGCGCCACCACCUGGGCGCUUCACGCAUUAAAUAGAUGAAUGAAAAUCAAUAUUGCCGUUUGUUAAAACAGAACAACUACAGAAAAACAAAAAUAUAUUUAAAAUAGUGAAACGAAACAUCCAAUCAGAAGUUGUUGAAUCAGCUCUUACUUGUUGAACAGUAAAAAAAUAAAAUAAAACAAACCAUACGCAAAAACACAGAAAGUAAACCAAUACAACCGUAUACUGAAUGUUACCAAUUUACACCUUACUUACACACGCGUCAGUCGAGACCUAAGAAAUUUAAAUCGUCAAGCAAAACAAAACAAAAAAAAUCACCGCUGCGGAAGCUUAUGAAUUGUUACAAAGGAAAACAGCAGCCAUUCGAUUGUGUAUGUUUGUGUCAAGGAAAAUGUAACGGCUGCAUCGAAGCGUGGUAAAUGGAUAACGAGAUAACGAUAGAUUGUGCGCGCGCGUGUAGUAGCUUGCAUCAUCAACCGGGAAAUGUGAAUCGGAAACUAGAAAUUACACCAAAUCGUUGAAAGUGCUUUUUAAAACUGUUAAAAUGAGGGUAAUUACUGUUGGAAUUUUGUUUAGGAGAAACGAAAACAAUGUGAUUGGUCAAAAUGUUGCGAUCUACUUUUUACUCGCGAUUAGUCAAGUAACUUCGAUGGAAGGAUUCGUUUCAGUGUCUGACGGUGGCGCCAACGGUAAUAAAAUGGAAGCUGGCGAGUGUCUCGGCUAGAAUUUAUCUUUUUCGUAAACCUUUUUUUGGCCGAGCAUUCUAUUACGCUUUUCAUGGGUGGUUCUUGUCUUCAUUUUCAUGUACUAGAACGACUCUGGUACUUCAUGAUUCCCGAUUAAAAUUGAGCAAUCGAUUGGAACAUUUUCAUGUGAUGUUGGAUUGGUGUUAUUAAGAAAAGGUAACAUUUAUUAUUAUCUAUGGGAAUGAGUUUUUUGGAAAAGAAAAAAAACUGUAGGUAUGGUAUGCAUACGCCAUCGCCGCUAACAUUUUUUGGCAUCACGCCUCUAGUCAAGAAGUUAGUUUUGAUUCGUUGUUAAAGUUCAAAUCUAACCAUGCUAUGAAAGAGAUAUUCACCAAGUCGACAGAUUCGAUAAGCUUGCUAAUGUUUUUGAAAUAGAAAUGAAAUCGGAGUUUCAUCAAAUAGAAGUAAUUUACUCUAGAACGACAUUAAGUAUUGGAUUAUUUUGAUUGGAUAGAAGAAGAAUCCGUUCGGAUGCAAACUGCACUAGGGAGCGGGACCAUUUGGGCUGUACCCCUAUUCCCGUCCGCAACGUUCAUUACUCGAUCGCAUUACCACCAAAUGGCUUGGUUUUUUGUACAUCACAAGCUCCAAGACUUAUAUUAGGCGCAAGGACACUGAAACUAAAUUGAUUAAAUGAUAUGACUUGAUAAAAUCAAUUUCCACUCAGUUGAUCACCUUCAAAUUAUUUUCAGGAAAACAUCGUUUCAUGUGUGGAACAGCAUAAUUGCUUUUCCGAACCAUUCUCAUUUCCAAAUCCACCCAUAACCGGAAACCAUCCCGCCAAACUGCGACCCUUUUCAAUUCCCUAAUAUGAGUGAGUGAUAAAAAAAACGCCUAAACCCAUGAACUCCGCUGCGCUGUAUUUGAACAGUCAAUAAAAAAGUGAUAAAAAAGAUCGUGAAACCGAGUGUGACCCUUUCUUUCCCAAAACAAAACGUCUCGACCAGUCAGUUACUUCUGGAAGUGUUGCAUGACCCUCGAAAUCGGUCAUCUCGGAUGGCGCUGAAUCUCCAAUUCCACGCACCGGUCGAGUGGUCCGAUCUCGAGUGGUUCGUCACGUCUGGAGUCUGUGGUCGAUCCUCCCGUAGAAUAAGUAACCUCAAAUCGUAGCACGUGAGGGCGGUAACCGGAGAUGGAGGAUUGGUGGUUCCCAAAAGGCUUAUGGAAUUUGUUCAAACGAUGAAACGGUCGAUGAUUUCAGUGAUGAAUUGUUAGGUGAUCACCGUGGGAGGAACAAACUCUUCAAUCAUCGAUCCGAAUUCAAAGCUGCUAAAUCUGUCGUGCGAUUAUGUGAAUAUAUUCGAAUGAUUAUCCAAACUGCAUAACGACGGUCAUCAGUAAUCGAAAAAGCGAAAGCAGUAGUAAUGCUAAAUGAUGGGUUAAUAAAUGUGAUGAUAAUAUAUGAAAUAAACGAAACAAAAAACCGUUA